UUUUUUCUUCUUUCUUCAGCUAAAUCAACUCUCUCUUCUCCCUCUCUCCAAAACCUAACUCCGAACCUAACUCCGUAUCUCCAUCUUCUCCUUUUCCGGCCACCACGACCUCAAACGACGAAACGAUUGUUUUGAGCAUCAUCGUCGACCACCACUUCUCUAUCUCCGGCCACCGCGACGGGUAACAAAGAAAUGAAGUAAAUCGUCUUUUCAAACUACUUUGUCCUAAAUCUUGAGUUUUCUUGAUCAAUUUUAUGGAUUUUCUUGGUAUUAACGGUUUGAAAAUCAAGUUUAUGAUUUGAGAUGUGAUCAGCGUAUGAGUGAUAUCAUAGUUAUAGUCUAUACUAGUUCAUGGAAUGGAAUAACCAGGAACCAGAAUUAGAGGUGAACUUAGCAAUUCUUCUGUCACCAAAAUUUGUGUCUAUAACUGCAACAAGUUGAGAAGCCUUUUUCCUUUUGCUAUGGUCAGAAUGCUUCAACAACUAAGCAAGCUUGAUAUAUUAAAUUGUACUCGAGUUGAAGACGUAUUUAGACAUGGUCCCGGAGGAGCCGAUAUUAUCAUGGAAAUGGAAGUUGUGCUUCCAAACUUGACAAAUAUAAUAUUGCUGGACAGAAUCUUUCUGCUGCCAAAUCAAUUGCUGGAGCUGUUUGCGCCAACAUUCUAGAGCAAAUCAGGUGGCACAUGUCAAUUGUGGUAACUGCAGGAUGCUUCUUAUGUACCAAUAUCGAGCAAGAUCCGUAAAAUGUGGAGUUUGCAAUUUUGUUAUCUCAGUUGGGUCAGUAUAAUCUCCCGUUCCUUACUAUAGAUUUUUAUGUAUAAUAUAUGCAUCAGAAGUGCACACAGAUUUAAAUUGAACCUAUGACUUCCAACUUCUUUAACCCUUAGCUCAAACCAGUUGAGCUUUCCCUCCCUCAAAUAUUGUUUUAAAUCUAAAAUACAAAGUUUGAAAUAUUGACUGUUCGAUCUUGAUAGUGCAGUCACAAGAUUCAAGAGCAUAAACCUUUUAAUUAGUCGUAAAAUAAGAUAUAGUUUUCUUGGUGAAUGAAAAGAGAAAUUGUGUGAUGUAAGAAAUGAUUUACAAUAUAGUUGUUGAAUGAUGAUGCAGGCUUCAACAAGCACCUAAGAAAAUCAUAUACUAUAAUAGCAGGGUCAUUAUAGACUCUACAUCCUUGAUUUUUGCUACUUACAUAUCAAUCUUAAGGAAUAACAAAGAGUGCAAAUCAGAUUGAAAACUUUCUUCACAUGUAUAGAGUUAUUUUUCUCUUGCGUGAAGGUGAUUGCAUUGAAUAUUUUUGUUAGAAUUGGUGUAUGGAUAAGUGCAGAACUAUUUGUUCUAAGAUUCUUGAUUUUGACUGCUAUAAAAAAUCCAUAUCUUUGGAUAAGGUAAAAUUUGUUCUCUACUCAAGUGGUUGAGAAAGUUACUGUGUGUGGAGCACCAAACACCAUUUAUACCCGAUUUUUAUCAAAUGGGGUGUCAAUUUGUUUGAUUUAAAUGGUAUAUUUGUGUAAAGAAAGAUAGAAGAGCUUUUCAUUUUACUGUAACAGAAUUUCUCUAUUUUGUAUUUUCUGUUAGUUACAAAAGGUGAGAGUAAUCUAUAUAUAGUACAGAUAUGUGACCUGCUAUAGCAGGUACACAUCUACACAAUACUGACACCUGUCAGUUUCCCUUCUAUCUAUACUAAACAUUCUAUUUAUACUAAACAGAAAACUCCUUCAAUACCCCCCCACAAACUCAUGGAGAGCUAGCAACUCUGAGUUUGUGCUUGAGCUCCAAAAACUUUGUAGAAGGCAGGGGUUUGGUGAAGGUAUCUGCCAGUUGUGCAGUACCAGGAAUGUGCUGAACCCUUAGUUGUUUAGCCAAAACCUUCUCCCUUACAAAGAACAAAACUAUUUCCAUAUGUUUGGUUCUAGCAUGCGAAACAAGAUUGUGAGCCAGAGAAACUGCAGAUUGAUUGUCACAGUACAUAACAGGUGGAGUGGUGACAAUGUUGAGCUCUUGAAGAAGAUUUUGAACCCAAAGUAAGUCAGUUGUAGCUUGGGCCAAACUUCUAUACUCUGCCUCAUUGCUGGAUCUUGCUACAACUUGCUGCUUUUUGGACCACCAACUGAUUAGGUUAGCACCAAAGAAGAGAGCAGCACCAGAAGUACUCCUUCUAUCAUCAGGAUCAAAUGCCCAAUCCGCAUCACAAAACACUUGCAGAGAUGGAGUAACAGAUGGAGAUAAGGGUGUGAGCAAGAGGCCCUGAUUGAUGGUGCCUUUGAGAUAUCUCAAUAUUCUCUUAACUGCCACCCAGUGAAUUUCAAGGGGAUGAGCCAUAUAUUGGCAAACUUUGUUGACAACAAAGGUAAUGUCAGGUCUUGUGAUGGUAGCAUAUUGCAAAGUUCCAACUACAGACCUGUACAUAAAGGGGUCAGACAGAGCAGGAGAACCUGUUUUUGUAAGCUUACAGGUGGACUGCAUAGGGGUGUUAACAUAGGCAGCUUCAAGCAUAUUAGUUUUCUGCAAAGAUCUCUAAGAUACUUGGCUUGUGUCAUCAAAAGGCAACCUGAGGAGGCUUGUUUGACCCCAAUACCCAAGAAAUAGUCAAGAGAGCCAAGUAAUUUCAGAGAAAAGGCAAAGUUAAGUUUGGAAAUAGUGGCUUGAAUGAUAGAUGAAGAACUGCCUGUGAUGAUAAUAUCAUCAACAUACACCAGCAGAUAUGUUGUGUGACCUUGAGAGACCAUGGUGAACAAUGAGGAAUCACACUUGCUAGCUUUGAAUUGCAAACUGAGCAAGGUAGACUUAAGCCUCUCAAACCAUUGCCUUGGUGCCUGUUUCAGGCCAUAUAAAGCUUUAGAAAGCUUGCAUACCAGAGAGGAAUCAGAAUGUACAAAACCUUGUGGCUGCUCCGUAAAAACUUCUUCAAGACUCCCAUUCAAGAAGGCAUUAUUCAAAACUUCUUCUUCAAGACUCCCAUUCAAGAAGGCAUUAUUCAAAACUUCUUCUUCAAGACUCCCAUUCAAGAAGGCAUUAUUCAAAUCAAGUUGCUGAAUAGUCCACUUGUGUGUGAUGGCAAUGGUGAGGAUGAUUCUGAUUGUAAUGGGCUUGACAACAGGAGAGAAAGUCUCAUUGAAGUCAAGUCCUUGCUUCUGAUGAAACCCUUUGGCAACCAACCUUGCCUUGAACUUAUUUACAGUGUCAUCUGGAUUCUCUUUAACCCUGAACACCCAUUUACAACCUAUGGCCUUCUCGUGAGCAGGAAGAGGCACCAAGGACCAAGUAUUAUUCUUUAUGAGAGCAUCAUACUCAACCUGCAUAGCUGCUCUCCACUGAGGAUCUGCCAGAGCAUGCUUAGGAUUUCUGGGUUCAACAUGAUUGAGAAGAAGCCUUGGUUGCAAUCUGGGUUGUGCAAAACCAGACUUGGCUCUGGGUUCAUUAAUUAUUCUUGUAAUAUAAUAUAAUUUAUAAAUAUGCUUCUUUUUUGUAAAAAAUAUAUUUUGUAUCAAUGAAAUAUAAAAUAUUUCUUUACGUUUUUUCUUCUUUCUUCAGCUAAAUCAACUCUCUCUUCUCCCUCUCUCCAAAACCCUACUCGCCGCCCACUCCGUAUCUCCAUCUUCUCCUUUUCCGGCCACCACGACCUCAAACGACGAAACGAUUGUUUUGAGCAUCAUCGUCGUCGGCCACCACUUCUCUAUCUCCGGCCACCGCGACGGGUAGCAAAGAAAGGAGGUAAAUCGUCUUUUCAAACUACUUUGUCCUAAAUCUUGAGUUUUCUUGAUCAAUUUUAUGGAUUUUCUUGGUAUUAACGGGUUGGAAAUCAGUUUAUGAUUUGAGACGUGAUCAGCGUUUGAAUGAUAUCAUAGUUAUAUUCUAUACUAGUAGUUCAUGGAAUGGAAUAACCAGGAACCAGAAAAUCAUUAGUGAAAACUGCAACAAACCAUUUUUAGAGGUGAACUUAGCAAUUCUUCUGUCACCAAAAUUUGUGUCUAUAACUGUAACAAGUUGAAAAGCCUUUUUCCUAUGGUCAGAAUGCUUCAACAACUAAGCAAGCUUGAUAUAUUAAAUUGUACUCGAGUUGAAGACGUAUUUAGACAUGGUUCGGAGGAGACAAUAUUUUCAUGGAAAUGGAAGUUGUGCUUCCAAACUUUACAAAUAUAAUAUUGUAUGAUCUUCCGAAUUUUGUAGAUAUCUGUCAUGGUUAUAAGUUACAUGCCAUUAAACUUCGACAACUCCGCAUAUCUGACUGCCCCAACUUGAUUAGAAUCUAAAGGAAAGUUAUGCCUUCCGGCGACUAUAGAUAUCGUGAUUUUAACAUUGGGAAAAUUCAGGAUCACAUGCUUACAUUCAAGACCCGCUUCCUCACAUCCACAUAUGUUGGAGCAUGGUAGAUUGCUCUUUGUCAUCACCAGAGUCAAGUCAUACUUUUAUAGACAUUCAUAUGCACUUUACUAUAUAGCAAAUCCUUAUGUAAGGACCUAAUUUAUGUGGCAAGGGUUCUGAUCUAUAUGCAGACUGUUAUGCAGAGCUGCUUUGGCUGAUCCUACUUUCAAUUCAAAACCUAUAAUUACCAACUUGGCUAUUAUUGCUGGAGAGAAUCUUGAUGUUGCCAAAUCUAUUGCUGGAGCUGUUUGUGCCAACAUUCUAGAGCAAAUCAGGUGGCACAUGUCAAUUGUGGUAACUGCAGGAUGCUUCUUAUGUACCAAUAUCUAGCAAGAUCCGUAAAAUGUGGAGUUUGCAAUUUUGUUAUCUCAGUUGGGACGUGGAAGGCAGUGAACUACCAAAACAUGUGUAUAAUUUGCAUGAAAAUGUCUCGGUUAUUCACAUCAUAAGAAAGUUGGUCCCAUUAAUGGUUUGGCUGAAUAAGCACUUAAGCAAGUGCUGCUAUUUGGUAUCGGGUGUUUGGGUGGUUAGGUUUUUAGGUGGUUCUCCCUAAGGAGCUGGGGAGUGUUUUUGAGUUUGUCUACUCGUUAAGAGGAAGCGCUAAGAAGAGGGGUGGUUUUAUUAUGAUUUGGCAGACGGUGAUUUGAGCUAUUUGGCUAGUGCGGAAUGAUAAGUUUUUUUUCUGGUCCGUCUUUUAAUGUGAAAGAGGUGAAGAUAAAAGUAUCCUUUUGGCCUGGUCUUGGUAUUUCAAUAGCCCUGGGAUGAACUCUCUCUCUUUUGCGGAUUGGCUACGGAAUCCUGUCUUGUGCAUUAGUCAAUAGUGGUUUGAGUGGUCUGACCUCCCCCUUUGGCGGUACGUGGUUUUGGAGUAGCUUGUAGUUCUCUUCUUCGGUUUCUUUCGGUCUGGUGGCUGGGGUUCUAGGUCGUGCUUCGGAUGGUUGGUCGGUGGUGUUUCAGAGCUCUGGUGGUGGACCUUUUUGCUGCGAUAUGAUUGAAGAGUUUAUCAGCAAUGGACAACAACUUGAUGUUGUUCCACUUCUCAAAUCUUUCUUGAAGGAUGCUAAGAAAGUCUCUCCGUCUAUUUUGGAAGAUCCUAAUAAUGUCGGACGUGCUACGAGGUUCGUGUAAUGGAGACUCUGCAAACUCUUUUGAGUCAUAUUAAUGGAAAAAAAAAUCAGACUGUUAUGAUUAGAUGUUGGAAUGUAUUAGAGGUUUGCAGAAGUGCAAUCUCUCCUUUUCCAGCCUUGGCUAUCCAAGAUGCGGUUACAGGACCAACCACUUGGUCAUUUACGUUGGGGUGAUUCUGACUUGAACAAUUUUUUGAGGAUGGUGUUCUAUCAUCUUCUUUUAUGGUUGGACUUCUUAUGGCUUCUCCAAUAUUUGCAUCUCUGUCAAAGAGUUAUUUCUCAUGGAGUAACUAAUGGUUUUCGAGUUGAACUCAUUCACCGUGAUUCUUCAAAAUCACCAUUUUACAAUCCCACACAAACUAAAUUUCAAAGAAGUUUCAAUGCUUUGUAUCGAUCUAUCAACCGCGCCAAUUAUUUCUACAAGGUACUUUUUUCUACUAAAAACAAACUUGAGUCAUAUAUGCCUUAUGAUAACGUUGAAGGUGAAUAUCUCAUUAGUUAUUCGAUUGGUACCCCACCAUUUAAAGUUUAUGGGAUUUUAGAUACAGGUAGUAACUUAAUCUGGCUUCAAUGCGAACCUUGUAAUACAUGUUACAACCAAACCUCUCUCAUUUUUAAUCCGUCAAAAUCUUCUAGUUACAAAAAUAUUUCAUGCUCAUCUAGAACAUGUAAAUCUAUGGAAGAUACUUCUUGUUCUUAUGAUGGAGAUGUUUGCCAAUAUACAUUAGAUUAUGGUCACGGAAUCAAUACACAUGGAGAUCUUAGUGUAGAGACUCUUGCAUUGGAUUCUACCACCGGUUCUUUUGUCUCAUUUCCUAAAAUUGUUAUAGGAUGUGGACACAAUAAUGGUGACCCAAUGAAUAAUGGUCCAAAUUCAGGUGUAAUUGGUUUUGGAAGUGGAAAUACCUCAAUUAUAAAACAAUUAGGAUCUUCAAUUGGGGGAAGAUUCUCGUAUUGUUUAAUUGAUCAAUAUAAUAGCAAGUCUAUUAGAUCUAGCAAACUCAAUUUUGGAGAUGAAGCUAUUGUUACCGGUGAUAACGUUGUUUCAACUCCUAUAGUAAAAAUGAUAGGAAACCGUCAAAAAGACUAUUACUACCUAACUGUGAAAGCAUUUAGUGUGGGAAAUAAAAGAAUAGAGUAUAGAGGGUUUAAACGUGAAGGAACAAAUGCUUCUACGCAUGAAAUCAUAAUUGACUCUGGUACAACUGUAUCUAUUCUUCCAUAUCAUUUUUACUAUAGGAUGGAAUCAGCUGUUAAAAAAGUUGUUAAACUAGAGCGUUUUCAAGUUCAUGCAGAUCCAUCCAGCCUUUGUUACAAUACCACAUUCAAACAAUACAGCUUUCCACCAAUUACAGUACAUUUUAAGGGUGCAGAUGUUAAGUUAGAUUCGAAGGGCUCAUUUUAUUCUCUAUACGAGGGGGUUGAAUGCUUUGCAUUUCAGCCGUAUAAAAAUGGAUUAGGCAUCUUUGGGAACUUGGCACAAGUGAACUAUUUGGUUGGUUAUGACCUCAACAAAAACAUUGUCUCUUUCAAGCCUACUGAUUGUGCCAGCCAUUGAAUACAUAUAAAGACGGGCUGUUGAACUUAUGAUAUGUCUUUUAAGAGUAUUUUCAAUUGACUAUUUUGAAGAAUAUACUUUGAGUUUCAUUGACAACUCAAUACUUGAGCAGGGGUUUGGAAAGCAUGGAAUCAUAUAAAUUUAGGAUCUUAUCCAUGUGAAGCUUGAUAUACUGUAUUGCAAUAUAUGAAGGGAUUGAGUUCAACUACAGUCUUAGACCCUGCAUUCACUCAUUCAAGCAUCCUUAGCCGUCUGUUUCGGAAGCACUACAGUCAUAGACCCUGCAUUCACGCAUUCAAGUGUUGGUAGCCGUUUGAUUAAAAUCGGACGGUUCUGAUUUAAAAAAGGCAGUGUGAAAAUUAGUCUGUUUUUUAAAACUGUAGAUUAAGAUUCAAAUGCUCUGACUGCGUAAAUGCGGCAUUUUUGCGGACUGCAGGGGAUUCUGUUUCGGAAGUGAUCAAGUUAAUCUUGAUGAACAGUAGCUUACCUUAACUUAGAUUCUCUGCUGUAGGGUCAACUUAUGCAAGUAAUGAUACAAUUGUAAUUAUGUAUUGUAGGUGAGGCUUAUCUUUACAUGAAAACUAUUUAAAUAAUUCAUAUGCCAAUGGAUUUGGUGGUGAGAAGAAGUUGACUCGAUCUACUAAGCAACUGACGAUGAUAUGAUAUAUUAUCCAAGUUAUUUCUAUACUGUAAUAUUUAUAAUGAGUUCAUUCUUUUAUCAAACUUCCUCAAUGAGAAUAUCUUUUAAAAAAAAAAUAUUUUACUAUGAGUGUUUGAAUUUUAAUUAUGAUAAAAUUUGACGCAAAUAAAUGAGUCUAAAGGUUAAAAUAUCAUAGAGAAUUAUAUCAUAUUUUGAUUGUUUACUCUGGAGAAAAUACCAAAUCCAACCUUAUUUGAUUAUGUGCUAUUUGGAUUGGAUUAAUUUGUUUAUUUUCACAAUUAUAAUACACAAUAACAAAUGUAUAUAAGAAUAAUUAAUUAAUUAAUUUAAUCUCUAAAC